CCCAUGUUAUGUGUGUUGCCUGAGUACACGGUAUGUUAUGUCAUAACAUAACCUAACCUCACCCUUAUAACCUAACAAUUGUGCAAAUUUAUGAAAUUUUUGUUUAGAAAAGUAAUAAUUUUACCUAACCGUUGAUUUAGCACUAUGAUUAAUAUACAGAGAUUAUUACGUAUUCCUCUGAGGAUGCAGUUUCAGAUGGAGGUAUCAAGAAGAAAUAUAUAUUCGCUCAAUCCCAAUAAAAUGUACAUUUUAACCAAUCACAAUAGGGAGAUUCCUCAAUUAUCCGCGAGGUCCAUGACGUUAUUUCAUCCUGAAACUAUAAAAAAGUUCUUAUCUGCAGUACCAUUUCUACAAUUCAAUAAAACUAAACUGAAAGUUAUUGCUUACGAUCAAUAUGAAAUAUUAGUUGAUAAUAUUGAUUAUAUAGAAUUCUUCGAAGAGUUAGAUUUGCCUGAUACUUUUUACUCUUGGUUUGUGGUAACGGAACUUCAUCUGUGGAUGCUGUCAGCACGAGCUAUGGCCGAAGGGACUGACGGUAGACUGAUUAGAAAUACUUUAGUAGAGGCCCUAUGGGCUGAUGUACUUCAACGAGUGAAGAAACUUGGUUCAAGAAGUAACCCCAUUGAUAUAAGGGGAAAAAUCGUUGAACUGUCAGAACAAUUACAGGCUUCUUACAUUGCUUAUGAUGAAGGCCUUUUAUCAGAUGAUACUGUAUUAGCAGGAGCCUUAUGGAGAAGGUUUUAUCAACGAUCAGAUAUCGAUGUGGAACACUUAGAGAAAUUGGUCAAAUAUAUCAGAAAAAAUAUGCGAUUAUUGGAAAACUUAAGUACUGAACAGUUUUUUAAACCCAAGGAUAUUAAAUGGUGUCCACUUAUAUCUUAGGAUUCCUUCAAUACUUUGAAAUGAUAUUUAAGUAUGUAAUAAAAAAAUGUGUCCUGCUGCUCAA